GAUUGUACUCAGUACGCUUUUUUCGUUUAGAAAAAUACUACAAGUCGGCUUACUCGCCUCCCGCGCACUUUGUGUAGUUUUACUUUACGACAGGAAGCGCAUGCUACACACGUUUAAGGUUGCGGUAUUAACUUUUUAAUAUAUUAAACAGUAUUGCAGUUUUUACAAUGCCCCGCAUUGAGAAUGACAUUAAGCUGGAUUUCAAGGAUGUGCUCCUCCGACCUAAACGCAGCACUCUCAAAUCAAGGAGUGAGGUGGACCUGCUGAGGAGCUUCACCUUCAGGAACUCCAAGGGCAGCUACACAGGCAUCCCUAUCAUUGCAGCCAACAUGGACACCGUGGGCACCUUCGAGAUGGCUCGGGCUUUGAAUAACUUCACGGUUUUCACUGCGGUCCAUAAGCAUUACUCUGUGGACGACUGGCGAGAGUUCGCGAACAAGUACCCGGAAUGCCUGGAGAACGUCGCAGUCAGCACGGGCACCGGCGAGGCCGACUUUCAGAAGAUGUCCGACAUCUUGGCAGCCGUGCCCCAGCUGCGCUACAUCUGCGUGGACGUGGCUAACGGCUACUCGGAGCAUUUUGUCCACUUUGUCAAGGACGUGCGGCAAAAGUUCCAUUCACACACCAUAAUGGCAGGAAACGUGGUCACGGGAGAGAUGGUGGAGGAGUUGAUCCUGGCUGGUGCGGACAUCAUCAAAGUGGGCAUUGGACCAGGUUCCGUGUGCACCACUCGCAAGAAAACCGGCGUGGGGUACCCUCAGCUCAGCGCGGUCAUCGAGUGCGCGGAUGCAGCCCAUGGACUGAGUGGCCACAUCAUCUCUGACGGCGGUUGCACUUGCCCGGGAGAUGUCGCGAAGGCUUUCGGUGCCGGAGCGGACUUUGUGAUGCUAGGCGGCAUGCUGGCGGGCCACUCGGAGAGCGGCGGAGAGACCAUCGAGAAGCAGGGUAAGAAGUACAAGCUGUUCUACGGCAUGAGCUCCGAAGUCGCCAUGAAGAAGCACGCCGGUGUCCUGGCCGAAUACAGAGCCUCUGAAGGCAAGACCGUGGAGGUGCCGUUCAAAGGCCCGGUGGAGGCAACCAUGCGGGAUAUUCUAGGCGGGGUCCGUUCCACGUGUACCUAUGUGGGGGCGUCGAAGCUGAAGGAGCUGAGCCGCAGAACCACUUUUAUCAGGGUCACCCAGCAACUCAACACCGUCUUCGGUAACGACGGCUGAAACCUCAAGCAUUCUCACCGCUGCUAGUACACAGUCACACUGCCGUUCCUACUGUUACUUGGAUCCGACUCAAAUGUGAAGAAAUCCGCCUCCUCAUCUUGUUAAAUUUUAACAUCUUGUUUAUUAGAAUGUGAUUUCCCAACCUUGAAAAGGCACAUAUUUUACACUUAGCAAUGUCAACAAAGUGAGCUAGCACUUGUUUAGUGAUGCUACUAGCUUGCAAGAAGCACUUGUUAACAUGCCACAAGGUGGCAGCAAAGCACUGUUAACGUUCCAGGUUGUAAGGGUCCAAAAUUAGCUUAGAUUUGUUGUUUUUAAACUGACCAAGCCAUGUUCACUUUUAGGUUAUGUUAUUAAUCAUUGUUGCCUUUAAAUAAGUGUUCCUUCUGUAUCACUUCAUUUCCAGUAUACUGUAUAUUGCAUUGGUGUACAAUACAGCUGUUCCAAAUC